AUGACCUUGCAGUUGGCUAAUCGAUCGGUGAAGUAUCCUCAUGGCAUAGUGGAGGAUGUUCUGGUGAAGGUGGACCGUUUCUUGUUUCUAGCUGAUUUUGUGGUGAUGGAUAUAGAAGAGGACAUUGAUGUACCUCUCAUUCUUGACCGACCAUUCAUGAAGACUGCAAGAGUUCUAAUUGAUGUGGAUGAUGGGAAGCUUAAGGUGAGAGUGAAUGAUGAAGAAGUCAACUUUGAUGUUUUUGAUGCCAUGCACUACCCCAAUGACAAAAGCAAUUGCUUCCGAGUCGAUGUAAUCGAUGGCCUUGUUGAAGAUACCAGGAAGCAUGUCUCUUUUUCUACUCCUUUGGAGAAAGUUAACAUAUAA